AUGCUCGGAGAGCUUGAUUUCCGAGAGGAGCAGAAGAACCUGGACGUUUACAGAGAUUUCCUCGAUGAGAACGGCUUGACGGCCAUCGCCGUCGCACCGAAGCCCUACCCAGAAGCUUCGUCCAAACGCGUGCUGACAAUGGAGCGUCUUUCCGGCGUGCCCUUGGUGGAUCUGGAGGGGAUCAAGAAGUACACCGCCGAUCCAGAGGCAACUUUGGUCAAUGCUCUGAAUGUUUGGGCCCUUUCCGUUCAGAAGUGCGAGUUCUUCCAUGCCGAUGUCCAUGCCGGAAACCUGCUGGUUCUCGAGGAUGGUCGCGUCGGUUUCAUUGACUUCGGCAUCGUCGGCCGCCUCUCGCCGCAGAUGGCCACGGGCAUCGACAAGCUGAACACCGCGCUGGCAGCCGGGGUCAGUGAUGCCCGGGGUAUGGCCAACGCGCUCAUCUCCAUGGGUGCAACAGUUGGCAAGGUUGACGAAGAGGCCUUUGCGGCAGACAUCCAGAAGCUCAUUUCUUCGCUGGGAAAUACUCUGGACAACACUACCGACAUGGCGGUGGAUGAGUCCAAGAUCCAGGACAUUGUCCUGGACAUUGCCCAGGUGGCUGGGAACAAUGGCCUGAAGCUCCCUCGAGAGUUCGGCCUACUCAUCAAGCAGUCUUUGUACUUCGACCGGUACACGAAGCUCCUGGCUCCAGACCUGAACAUGAUGUCUGAUGACCGCAUCGCGAACUUCGGGCAGGCUCGGGUGGCUGGAGCAGGGCCGCCUAUACGUAAUGUGACACUGCAUCAGAAGAGCCUACUGAAGCCGAGACUGCAGUCGCAGCGGAAGCGUGAGAGCACUGUCUGGGAUCCCUCGUCUCCUUCCUGGGUAGCGCCGAUCGCGCAGUUUGUGGACCAGCAGUGCAUUAUCUUCGAGGAUGAGGAGGAGAACAAGCUGGAGUACACAGAGUGCCACAACGAGUUUCGUCAGCUCAUAGAUAACCUGCUGGCGGCGCACCUAUUGGAGCUGGACGUGAGCAACGAGCAGUUCGAGCAGUUCUGCCAGACCGGUCUUUCCACGAAUUCCACGCUGCACCGUGUCCUUGUGGAGCAGCUGUUGGCUGUGGACGACUUCCUUAUCUUCAAGGCCAUGAUGACGAAGAGGAAUGCUGACUUAUACCGAGAGGCCCAAAGACGCGUGGACGCUGGCCAGCUCGAUGAGGAAGACUUCCAUGAAACGACCGUGGUCGACGACGAUGAGGAAGUGCUCGCGGGCCUGGGAGAAAUGACGGUGGAGGCUUCCCUCGUCGCCGAUGAGUGGAAGAUGUACGAGGAUCAACUCUUCCAGGCUCUCGAUGAGUCUCAGAAGGCCGACGACGAGCUUGCCAGGCAGCGGCAAAAGGAGGAGGAGGAACUGGAGAGGGCCUUAGUCCUCUCACUGCAGAUGGAGGAGGAAAGGAUGCAUGGCCUGGCGGGCGAGGCCGCAAAUGCCUCGCCGUCCUCGAGCUCGGCGGCGGGCCAGGAUGCUGCACCGCCACCGCCUGCACCGCCGCCUCCAUCGGAGGCCGCGUCCGCCGCUCCAGUUGAGGCCUCGGCAGCGCCA